GAAAAAUGCAGGAGUAUGGAACUUACUAAAUAUCAGGACCAACUGUUGUUUUCCCUGGAGAAAGACAGCACUGGGACGCCACAGCUUUAUUCAUGCGACCCAGUCCGGUGGUCAUUGCUUUUCAACACUUGCACCAUAAAUGAAAGCGGCAUCAGUCAUAUAUAUAAACGUGUAAGACUGAAAGGUUUACUUGGUUGCACACUGGUGGUUUGUAUUUCUGGUCCUGGAAGCAUGACGAAGAUGACAAGACUCUACUUCCUCCCAACCAUAUUGCUGGUGAUUCAUUUGGUCCUGAUUCUCACCUCCGGCAAUAGCACCCUCGUUCGUCGUGGUUGUACCUAUGAUCCGAAGGGCGUUCUGAAAGAUUGUCCAGACACGGACGGAGGAAAGAGGUGCGAACGUCCGCCGUGCCCAUGAAAAUGGAGCAGAAACAGUUUAUUGUGAACCCUCUUAAUUGCGUGGCUUGUUUUUUCUCCAAACUGGCCUAGCUGCAGGUGUCUGUAUCCAGAUUGAUAACAUGCUGGUAUAGCAUUCUAUAUGUACUGAUGAUUUGCUAUUUACCUGCAAAAUAAGCAUAAUUGUUGCAUAUGAUACGGACAACUAAGAUGUAAUAACAGGGUAUCAUAUCCAUGGCUCUAUUCGUAACGAAAUUACCCUCAAUAUUUGCUCUAA